AUGAGCUCGGGACCAUACCGGAAAAACGGGCAUCUGGCCCCAUCCCCUCAACCAAGCGUCGCCGACUGGGAAGAAUGGGAGGAUGCGAGCAUCACGGCCAGCGACGACGAGCAAGGCCUCGUGCAGCAGCAGCCGCCUCCCAAGCCGCCGUCCGACCAUCUACGACCAGCUAAAGCUACGACAGUGCGAGUCUCUCGUUAUUCUACGGCCAAGAUUAAGCGUCUCAAAUCGCGAAAGCGGCAAAAGGCCCAAAAUGCCCAGGCCGGCAUCAGUGUCAUCACCGACAUGACGGCCUUUCGUCGCGACACCAGUCCAGAGGAUCAAGAUGCCGCCAAGUUUGCCGACUCUGCUGCGCUUCGCGCGCUUGAAGGCGAGCAAGACUCUGCCUCUGUUGGAAACUGGAACUGGCUAAAAAAAGCCAAGGAGCAGAGCCCGUCUGCCUCGUCGCAAAUCAACCAAUCACCGCAUCACGGCCUCUCCCCAGACGACCGCCCAAUCAUGAUCGGCAUCUCAGUGCCACCGAGCGUUGCGCCUUCUUAUGACCAAAAUCCAUAUGCUGAUAGGAGUCAUCAACUGCCAAACAUGGUUCCAAAAGGAGGUCUUGGCGUUGUUCCUCGCGACGAUCGUCAACCACAAUCUUUUUGGUCUCCCGAUACCCCAGAUACGACUCAACCAUUUAGCAAUAAUCGACCGGCAUCGAGCGUGUAUUCCAUGGCGCCAUCAUCUGACGCCCCUACCUUGAUGGACAUGCCUCCUGUGCCGUCUCUUCCCAAACAAUACCAAAAUCAGGGCAAACUCAUCAGCCUGGAGCUUCAGGGCGGCGGCGCAGAGGAUGACGAUGCCGGCACGCCCUGCACCCUGUUUGAAGAAGAUGGCACUACUCCUAGGAGCGCGGGAGCUGCCAGAAAGAAGAUCAUCUCACUAAGCAGUGCAGUCUCAGCUUCACGCGGCUGGUGGGAUCACGUUCUUACACCGCUGGUUGAAAAUCGCAUGACCUUGAGCAGUCGCAAGCAGAAGCUGGAUUCACCCAAAGAGGCAAAAUUCAGGCCACCAUCGUCGCACCUCUCAGUUUGGCCAGUGAUUCUCCCCAAGGCAGAGCCGGUCCUGCCUUUGACGACUGACAAGACACCCAUCGUUCGCGUUCCCACUCCGCGGCGGUCACCGUCGCCAAGCUCAUCAGCCGGGCCGUGGCAAACUUCAAACUCUCGAGUAGCACAGUACAUAUCUGAGUCACAACGCAAUGAGAAGAACAGGAUGGCCGUGACAGACGAGGAACAGCCCACAACGGACCAGCCGCCCCCGUACUCACCCCCGCAACGACCACAACACGACCCGAUUCGAUACAGAGCCGUGUUUCCUCCUAGUCACCCGCUGCAUGCCCAGUUCCCUCCGUCUCCCAACCCUAUCUCGCCAGGGCUGGCAGCGACGAUGACAUCGCAAGGCGCCACGCAAAUGACCGACUUGCGAGGCGUAUCCUACGAAGCACAAUUGCCCGCUCGCCCUGUGGGAACCUAUCUGCCGCCAGCUCACCUGGUAGACGCACCGGGGCCUCACAACCGCGUCGAGAGAACCAGACGCCGCCACGAAAAGGAAGACAUGAUUGCGCGCCGCGCCGGCGGUUUUUGGCGCGGCCGUUGUUGCAUCCCGGCCAGCGGCUGCUUCGGUCGCACCGGGAGAGAAGGCCGCAAGAAGCGCCGAAUUUGCCUGGGGGUCUGCUCUGCCGUCAUCGUGCUGAUAAUUGUCGCUAUCGUGCUGGCGGUGGUCCUCACGCGGCCGCGGGCCAAGCACGAGGUGCCCUCCAUCUGGGUCAACCUGACCGACUUCCCGCCGAUGCCUACCGGGAUCCUCACGGUGGCCGGCCCAGACAACACGAUCGCCAGGAGUGUCUGCACGGAGCCUACGACUCUGUGGAGUUGCUCACUGCCAAAGGAUGACCAGAGUCCUUCCGCGCUGUACCAGCCGAGCCAGCCUCCACUGAUCAUGCAGAUCCAGUGGGACAACAGCACCCGGAGGGCUUGGAAGGUGCCGAAUGAAGAUGCGCCGGUUCCUGUUUCGAGGAGAGCUCCCGGUUCUGCCGCCAGAGCCCAUGCGCUUGUUCAAGCGAGGGCCGCCUCUCAGUUCAAGCCGGACCCGGCACCCCCCGACUUCAAGGACAUGUGGUUCUUGGGGGAGACUACGGACAACAUCGUUUCCGACACCAAGGCAGGAGAGCCAGCACCCUUUUACAUAAGCAUACUCAAAUCCCUCAGUGACAAGGUUGAAACCCCCAACUUGCAGAGACGUGACGGCAACAGCAGUAGCGACGCCGAACCCCCCGGUAGCAGUGCGAUUGCCCAGGGUAACAUUACCGGCCUCCUGCCUCGCCCGGCCCUGGAGCCGGACGGCACGCCGGCGCCGGCGGUGCUGUUCCCGAACGUGGUGCAGCAGCCGGUGCGACUUUAUGACCGCGGGCUCAGCACAGAGCACUAUGGCUUCUACGCGCAUUUCCAGCGCACCAUCUUCCUCAAGUCCGUUACGGUGCCCAAUCGCGCCGACGAUCCCUCCGUGCCGCUCGACCGGGACGGCGGGUGCCGCAAGUCCGAGGCCAAGUUCCUGACGACGUGGGGCGAGACCCGGAUGCUGGUGCGCAUCUGGACGCGCAAGCUGGCGACCAACUCGUCCAGCAUCGUGCAGCCUGACCGCAGCGACGGUGCGGGCAAGGUGGUGGCGGAGCUGCGCAGACCGGGCACGAUGCCGUGGCCGGUGACCAUCACGCUCGACACGCACGGUGGAGAUCCCAAGGGGAAGCUGGUCUGGGAGACGCCGAUGGACGACCGCAUGCAGCUCGUCAGGGCGCAGUCCAAGCUGCUGGUGAACAAGAUGGAUGCGGGCGGGACGUGGAUCAACCCGCGCGGCACGGGGGACGCAAAGUAUGGAGGCUUCGACGGUGGAACGGGCGGCUGCAAGUCCUCGAGCCUCGACGACAACCCACCAUCCUCUCUCCCUUGUUACUAUUCACCAUCAACCAACCCUACGAUGCGACCCAUUGCGUCCCCGGGGAACAUCUUCACCGCGGGCUCACGCCUACGCCGGCGACACCCCCUCACCUGCCACCGGACCCUCGUGACGCUCGCCAUCGAGACGUCCUGCGACGACACCGCCGUCGCCAUCCUCGAACACCACAGCAGCCCCGGCCCAUCCCCCUCCGCAGACCGCCGCCCCCGGACGGUCCUGCACUUCAACGAGCGCAUCAGCUCCGACCUGCGCGCCUGGCGCGGUGUGCGUCCCGCCGCCGCCCUCGACGGCCACCAGCGCACCCUCGCCUCGCUCGUCCGCCGCGCCCUCGCCCACCUCCCCCGCGGACCGCCCGACUUCGUCUGCGCCACGCGCGGCCCGGGCAUCCACGGCAACCUCGCCACCGGCCUGUUCACCGCCAAGGGGCUCGCCCUCGCCUGGGACGUGCCCCUCCUCGGCGUGCACCACAUGCAGGCCCACGCGCUCACCCCUCGCCUCGUCCGCGCCCUCUCCUCCCUGCCCCCCGCCGCGACCUCCCCGGAAUUCCCGUUCCUGACGCUGCUCGUGUCCGGCGGCCACUCGCAGCUCGUGCUGUCCGCCGGCCUCGCCGACCACCGCGUGCUGGCCACCACCGCCGACGCCGCCGUCGGCAACGUCCUCGACCAGACCGCGCGCGUCAUCCUCCCCGAGGCCGUGCUCGCCGCCGGCCCGGACGUCAUGUACGGGCGCCUCCUCGAGUCCUACGCCUUCCCCGAAGGGCAGGGGGACUUUGCUUCGUUCUACGCGCCGCCGCGGACGCGCGCGGAGGAGGUGGCCGACGAGGUGGACACGGGGUACGCGUGGCGCGUGCCGCUGCCGAUGCGCGCCACGCGCCGCAUGGCCUACUCCUUCUCCGCCGUGCACAGCGCCGUGCACGCCAUCGCCGCCCGGCGUGGCGCAGCCAUGGACGAGCCGGAGCGCCGCGCGCUCGCCCGGCACACGCAGCGCGUCGCCUUCCAGCACCUCGCCAGCCGGCUGUGCUUCGCGCUCGAGGACCACCCGGACGCGCGCACGCUGGUCGUCGCCGGCGGCGUGGCCUGCAACAAGUUUCUCAUGCACGUUCUGCGGACCACCCUCGAGGCGCGCGGCCUCCUAUCCUCCUCCGGCGGUGAUGGGAUUCGGGAGAUCGUCGCGCCGCCGGUGGAACUGUGCACGGAUAACGCGGCGAUGAUCGCCUGGGCGGGCAUGGAGAUGUACGAGGCGGGGUGGCACUCGGACUUGGACGUCGCGCCGGUGGCCAAGUGGCCGCUGGAUCCGGCCGUCAGGCUGCCGGGGCAGGCGGCCGACGGUGAGGGCGCGGGAGGGCUGAUGGGCGUCGGCGGGUGGUUGAGAUGGAAGUAG